AUGACGAGCGACAAAGUGAUUGCGACCGAACAUGAGCUCGAGGAUUUCGAUCUCAAUGAUCCAAGAACUCUUGAGCUCAUCCAACGCGCUCAAGAUGCCGACGCAGCUGAUAAGCAGCUCACCAUUCGCCAAGCUCUGAAGAAGUACAAGAAGGCUGUUUUGUGGGCUGCGUUGCUCUCCGUCAGCUUGAUCAUGGAAGGCUACGAUCUAGUCAUGAUCGGCUCCUUCUACGGCCAAGAACAGUUUCAGCAGCACUUCGGUACAUACAGCGCAGUCGAGGGGAAAAAGGUCAUCACUCCCGCCUGGCAGUCAGGUCUUUCGAACUCGGCCCAAGUCGGACAACUAGCUGGUCUUUUGAUCAAUGCAUACUCGCAGGACCGCUUCGGUGCUCGCUUGACUAUGAUGGUUUUCAUGGCCUGGCUAGUCGGUACGAUUUUUAUUGUUGCCUUUGCUCCUUCUCUGUCUGUUCUGGCUUUCGGCGAGGCUCUUUGCGGCAUUGCUUGGGGCGUUUUCCAGACUCUGUCUACUACCUACGCCUGCGAAGUUGUUCCCACGAUUCUUCGUCCUUAUGUUACCGCGUGGGUCUGUAUGUGUUGGGGAUUUGGAAUUCUCUUGUCAUCUGGCGUCGUUCGGGCGACUUUGAGUAUCGAAGGUAAUCUUGCAUGGAAAUUGCCAUUCUAUAUCCAAUGGGUAUGGCCAGUGCCGUUGUUCUUUGUGGCCUAUUUUGCCCCAGAAUCGCCUUGGAAUGCCGUUCGACGCGGCAAGAUCGACCUUGCAAAACAAAGCCUGAGAAGGCUCGCGUCGGAUUCACCAGACAAGGAGGGCGUGAUCGAGGCGAGCUUGGCUUAUAUCAGGCAUACGACAGCCCUCGAGAAAGCCGAGACUGGAGGAGCGUCACUUCUGGAGUGCUUCAGGGGGACCAAUCUACGCCGGACAGAGAUCAACUGUGUUGUAUGGGCCGCACAAAUCCUUUGCGGCAAUGCCAUCCUCGGCUUUGUCAUUGUCUUCCUUCAAGCAGCAGGUUGGUCCGCGGUCCAAUCAUUCAACUUGAACAUCUCCCUUUCCGCAUGCUACAUCAUUGGUGGCAUUAUCUGCUGGGUUCUUUUCCCUCAUUUUGGACGAGCGACAAUCUACAUGGCCGGCCUGGCGUUUAUGUUCUGUUGCCUCAUAGCCAUCGGUGCCCUCGGGUGGUCAACAAGCAAAGAUGCGUACCUUGCUAUCGGCCUACUGUUCGUUGUUUCGACCCUUUGCAACAUGAUUACCAUUGGACCGGUUUGCUAUCCGAUCGUGGCCGAGACACCAUCUGGAAGACUUAGGUAUAAGACGAUUGUCAUCGGCAGAUUCGUGUAUAACCUUACGGCCAUCUUCAAUAACGCUGUUACGCCACGCAUGAUCUCUGCUUCUGGCUGGGGUUGGGGCGCAAAGACUGGUCUUUUCUACGCUGGAACUAACCUACUCUGCUUCAUCUGGUGUUGGUUCCGCCUCCCCGAAACAAAGGAUCGCACUUUUGGAGAGAUUGAUAUCUUAUUCGAAAACCGCGUGCCAGCAAGAAAAUUCAAGCAUACCCAAGUCGACCAAUUUGCCCAGUAUAGUAAUUAUAUUCAGGAAAAGGUAGGCGCAACAGUGGAAGAAGUUCAGUAA